AUGCCAACCAAGUCUUCAGCCAAAGGAGGUGGCAAGUCCGGCAACGCCGCUGCUUCCUCCAAAGCUAAAUCGCAGCAGAACAAGGAAGAGGACCUUCAGCGUGAGCCUCUCCAGGCUGUCAUCCUCGCCGAUGCCUUCUCGAAGCGUCUCCACCCUCUCACAACCGACAAGCCGGCAUGUCUUCUUCCGCUAUGCAACGUGCCCUUGCUCGACUGGACACUCGAGAAUCUCGCUCUGGCCGAAGUUGAGGAGAUCUUCAUCCUCGCAACCCGACACUCGGACCAGAUCAAGAAGCAUCUUGCGACAUCUCCAGCUCGAUACUCGCUCCCCAAGAUCACUGUCAUUGCCACUCCAGAUGCGCAGUCGCUCGGCGAUGUGAUGCGUGAGCUCGACAGCAAACAGAUCAUCCGCUCCGACUUUAUCCUCAUUCACGCCGACUCGGUUGCCAGCAUGGAUCUUGCCAGCAUCGUCGACGCACACAAGCGCCGCAGAAAGAAGGACAAGGACGCUAUCAUGACCAUCUGCACUAUGCCUGUCGGCAAGCGCAGCAGGAUCCGCACACCAGGCAACCUCUCGCUCUUCUUCGUCGAGCCGCACACUUCGCAACUCGUACACUACGCACCCGUCCGCGCGGCACCAAGGCUCAGGACCACAAGCCUGCCGCUCGAAGUUUUCGAUGAGGAUGCGGCUGCCACUGUCAACAGUCUUUCUCGGGGCGCUGAGGUAGACAUUCGACACGAUCUGGUCGACUGUGGUAUUGACAUCUGCUCCGCCGACGUACCGCCUCUCUUCUCGGAGAACUUCGACUACCAGGCCCUCCGCCGCGACUUUGUGCUUGGUAUCCUCACCUCUGACUUGCUCGACAGCAAGAUCUUUGUUCAUGUUGCACCGACCGGUCCACCUGCCUCUGCAGUUCAGAUUGCCAGCUCGUCUUUCCCCGAGACCGUCGGCACUUCUACAUAUGGUCGUGGCUACGCUGCUCGUGUCAAGUCUCCAGCUGACUACGAUGCUAUCACAAAGGACGUCAUUGGACAGUGGACCUACCCACUCGGACCCGCAGGCUACUUGCCAGGUGGUCAACGAUACAGCCCACGAUCUGGUCUCCGGUUCCUCGGUGACAACGUCGUCCUCAGCCGCACAUGUCAGCUCGGACCUCACACUUUGAUCGGAUGCCAGUCCGAGAUUGGCGAGAAGGCUUCGCUGCAACAGUCAGUGCUCGGCUCUUCCGUCAAGAUCGGCAGCCGCACCAACAUUUCUGGCUCCUACAUCUGGGCCAACACUCUCGUAGGCACAGGUUGCACUAUCGAGCGCAGCAUCAUCGCCGAGAACGUCAAGAUCUUGGACGGCGUCAAGAUCAACAAGGGCUGCAUCAUCGCCGAUGGAUGCGUGGUCGGGCCCAACAUCGAGCUCCCCGCCUUCAGCAGGAUAGGCAACAGGAAAUUCAAGUCCGAGUUCGACUUUGAUAGCGAUAGCGAGGAUGGUGAAGGAGAAGAUGCGGCACAGUCUGCAGCUGCUGGUAGCAAGGACGCCUCCUCGAAGCUGCUGGGCGCACAGGGUGUCGGUUUCCUCUGGCCAGCGCUAGGCGAGAAACCAUCGAGAGCCGAGGAUGACAUGGACUCGGAAGCUUCCGAUGAUGAUGAGGACGAGGUGGACGAGAUCGAGCGUUCGCACAACUUGCGGUUGAUGCGUCUUGGUGCUGAUAUGGACGAUAUGCAGCUUUCGGACUCGCUCUCUGACGUCUCCUCCGUCGGUGUUGGCCGCGAUUCGGACGAUGAUGAUGACGACGAUGACUCAGAGCUUGGUACAGACAACUCGAUGUCGGACGACAACGACGAUGCAUUGAUUGGAUCCUCAAUGAUGCUCGACGGCGAAACUAAUGUCGAGAGGCAAGCAGCUGUCAAGCGACUCGACGAGUUCCGCACCGAAGCUGCCGCCUCAUUAGAACGUGCUUUCGAAGAGAACCACACGGUCGACGAUGCAGCCAUCGAACUCAAGACCCUCCGUAUGGCCUCGAAUGUCCCGCUCAAGGAAGUCCGCAAGACGGUCAUCGGCUUCAUCCUCACCAAAUGCGAGCCCGAUCAGCCAAAAGAAAUGCUCAAGGUGCUCGACAAAUGGUGUCCGCUCAUCUCCGUCGUCGCUGUCGAUGACCAGAUCGAGGCGCUCGCCACAGUGCAGAACUUCUGCGCGACACACGCAAAGUACUUUAAGAUCUUCAUUCCGCUGUUGAAGAAGUUCUACAAUGAUGACAUCAUCUCGGAGGAGAACAUCGUGGGUUGGUGGAAGAGCCCGUUGAGUCGUCAGACCGAGGCUGAGGUUGGGGGUGAGAAGAACUUGCAGUUGAGGAAGGCGGCAGAAGAGGUCAUCAGGUAUAUCUUGGAGUCUCAAGAGAGUUCCGAUGAGGAUGAGGACGAUGAGGAUGAGGAGUAG